UGGGAACCUUUUAUUUGCGGCCAAAGGAGAGCACGGAACAAUUUUGGGUGGUGCCAAGAUGGCGGUCUUUCUGUUAAUCGGCUGCGGUCGUGUCGCGGCGUUUAAGGCUUUAUCACUGCAAGCAUGGGGGCUACGAAGUCUGCCUUCUAUUUAUCUCUGCACCAAACCAGAUGAUUCUGAAAAAGGCUCCCCAAAAGAUAAGGGUGAGGUCAUAACUAACAGUAAACCUGAUGCAGCUGUAAAAUUAACAGAUGAAGAUCUGAGAAAAUUCUUGGCAAAGAAAACUUUGGUAAUGUUUCCUCAGAAAGCACAGUUUCCUUUUGAGAGAGAGCCAGUUUUCUCUUCAACAGAAGGCUUAGGUAAGAAGUCAGCAGAUGAAGAAUCAUUCUCUUCAUCAAGUUCUGGAUCAGACUCUAGCUCUGAUUCUGAAGAUGAUGACUUCAAAGAAAAGCCACACAGACAAAAGGAACUCUGCUGGACAACUGAUAACAAGCAGUUGGAAUCAGAUAUUAUGAAAACUGCUUCAAAACAAAGGCCUAAAGAAACAUAUUUAAAGAGCAAGAACUCAGGAAUAGUGAUUGCAGAAAGUCAAAAGCUGACAGAAGUUUUAUCUGAACGCCUGGAAGUAUCUCUCUCUAAAGCUGAUCCACAGAGAACUCAGGUGGUACCUCCACAAAACAUAUCACAAAAUCUGGGACAGGACAAAAGCAUAACAAAGGAAGUGCAAAAAACUGAGAUGCAAGACAGAAUUUCUGAAGAGCCAGGGGCAGAAGUUUCAAGGGAAAUAGUGCCAGUGAUAGAAAGCACCCUGAAGGAGGAGAUCAUCCCAGAAGCAGGAGCUCAAAUUGAAGAACAAAGCACUCCACAGGAGGCCAAGCCAUCACCUGAAAUUGUUGAAGAAACAUAUGACAUUUCUACCUACAAGAACCUGCAGCAUCAUGAAUAUCAACCAUUCACUUUUGUGGAUUUUGAUGUUUUGUUGUCAAAAUUCAGGCUGCCUCAGCCAUCUUCUGGGAGGUUAUCUCCAAGACACUGAAUUAAUUGUGGAAACCAAAUAAAUUCUGGCAAAGUA